AUGAACAGAGACUUACACAAUGUGGUCAGCGAAAACAGGGAGAUUGAUGACCGAAUAAGCGGUUGCAAAAACGAUCUCACAGAGUUGAAGAGGCCAACGUUGCUCUGUUUUCUGAGCUUGGAGAACAUGCAAGAACUGGGAAAAAAUUUCUUGUUUCUUCUUCUUUUCUCUUUGCAAAAGCUUGAACAUGAAAGUAAAACGGGGAAGACGAGUGAAGAAGUAUUUGUAGACCCAUGGGAAUAUUGUGAUCUUGAAGAUAUUAAGUUCAAUGGUAGCUUCUUCACUUGGAACAACAAACAGGAAGGCAAAGAUAGGAUAUAUGCAAAAUUAGACAGAUUUUUAGCUAAUAGGCAGUGGAGGGAUAAAUAUAGUACAACUGAGGUAACUUUUCUCCCUGAAGGUGAGUUUGAUCAUUCUCCUGGUCUUCUCUCAAUAUAUCCUCAUAUGCAGAAUAUCAAAAAGCCAUUCAGGUAUUUUAACUUUUGGAAAUAUCUGGUUGGUUUUACUGAUAUCGUGAAGGAGUCUUGGUUGGUCAAAAUAGAAGGUCCGCCUAUGUACUGUUUAGUUUCUCAUCUAAAGCAUCUCAAAAUGGGGUUAAAAGAAUUGAAUAGACAUGGCAGAGGAAAUGUAGAGAUUCAAGAUCAUGAUAGCUAUAAUAAUUUAAUUCAGAUUCAACAGAAAUUGCAAAGUUAUCCUGGCAAUAUUCAGCUUAUUGAGGAAGAAAAUAAGGCUCGGCAGGUGUAUAGAGAGGCUCACAGGAAUUACAUGAGUUAUCUUAGUCAAAAAGCUAAGAUUGCUUGGCUAAAAAGUGGAGGUGAGAAUACUAAAUUGUUUCAUGCUAGUCUAAAGAAGAGAAGACAGCACAAUACAAUCUACUCUAUUCAAGACCAGGAUGGUAGAUGGAUUGAUACUCGGGAGGGGGUUAUAACUGCUUUUCUAGAUUUUUAUAAAUCUCUGUUGGGAACCUCUAAUCCUCAUAGAACUAGAGUUCACAAGAGAUUGGUGCAGGAAGGGACUUUGAUAUCUCAGUCUCAGACUAAUUGGUUGGUGCGUGAUUAUACUUUAGAAGAGGUGAAAGAGGCUCUGCAUUCUAUUCCGGAUGAUAAAGCUCCAGGGCCAGAUGGUUUUAGUAGUGGUUUUUUCAAGGAUACUUAG